UCAAAUCUUUAAGAUGGCUGAUUGCCACCCUCUUGGUUUUAUCAUUCUAUUCUCCGAAAAUCUAACCUCUUCCAAGCAUUUAUGAGCCUUGUUUACGUUUGUGAGUGAAGUGUGGAACCAUGACGAAGGGUACCUCAAGUUUUGGUAAGAGGAAGAAUAAGACCCACACGCUCUGCAGGCGUUGUGGCAGGUCUUCCUAUCACAUCCAAAAGAAACGAUGCGCACAGUGUGGAUACCCUUGCGCCAAAAUGAGGCAUUACAACUGGAGUAAAAAGGCCCAGAACCGAAAGACCACAGGAACCGGACGUCUGCGCCACCUAAAGAUAGUUUACAGGAGAUUCAGGAAUGGAUUCCGUGAAGGUAUUAGACAAACCCAAACCAAGAAACAAAGGAAAAUCGCUGCUGCCGCAAGCAAAAAAGCAGCUGCCUCUGCGAAAUAGGUUUAUGUAAAGUUUUGUUAUUUUUUUAUCUGAGGACUUGUUUGACCUAAUAAAUUAUCUUAAGGUGAAUUUUGUA